GUUUGUUUAGCCUUGAUUGUACGGAAGGUUACUGGGCAGAAGUCCUCAGUCGGUUUACUCAUUUUCAGCAAAUGGACUGCUGCAUUGUAUCCGCACUGUGGUAUUUUAUACCACUUUAUUUACUGAUUCACUUCCUGUGUUUCGUUUUCGCAGAUGCAGACUUCACUCUGCUGUGGGCAAGUCUGUCAGGACACCGGCCAGAGAAUAAGCUGAAGGGGCUUGUGGUGUGGGUCACCGGAGCCUCCAGUGGUAUUGGAGAGGAGCUGGCCUACCAGCUAGCAAAGUGCGGCUCACGCCUCGUCCUGUCUGCUCGACGUGAGGAAGAGCUAAAGAGGGUGAAACGUCGCUGUUUAGAGUGCUCCGACCUCCAGGAUGAAGAUAUUCUUGUUCUUCCACUCGAUUUGUUGGAGAGACCAUUGCAUGAGGAAAAGACUAAAGCCGCAAUCCAGCACUUUGGACGUAUUGAUGUCCUAAUCAACAAUGGCGGCCGAAGCCAGCGCUCUCUGUUCAUGGAGACCAGCGUUGAUGUGUAUCAGGCCUUGAUGGAGCUCAACUUCCUGGGUACGGUCUCCAUCACCCAGCAGGUGCUGCCUCACAUGACGCAGCAAGGCAGUGGGAGCAUUGUGACCGUCAGCAGCGUGGUUGGCCUCGCUGGGGCGCCCCUGGGAACAGGAUACGCUGCCAGCAAACAUGCUCUUCAGGGUUUCUUUAAUUCUCUUCGGACUGAGCUGACUGACUUUCCAAACAUACUCAUCAGCACAGUGUGUCCGGGGCCUGUGCAGUCACAGAUUGUCCACAAUGCCUUCACAGAGGAACUUAACAGGCCUGUGGCCACAGUUGGUAACCAGGAACACAAGAUGCCAACAAGUCGCUGUGUGCGUUUAAUGCUGGUGGGAAUUGCCAAUGGUGUCAAGGAAAUGUGGAUCGCGCAGCAGCCCUUCCUCCUGUUUUACUACGCCUGGCAGUACACUCCCACAUUUGCCUGGUUCAUCACAAACAUAUUGGGCAGAAAAAGGGUGCAAAAUUUCAAAGCUGGUCUGGAUGCGGACUCGGCAUACUUCACUAAGCCCAAGACCUCCUGAAAGUCACAUCCUCAAGAGGAAACAGGUUCAUCGCAUGUUCUAAUGUUAGACUUUGAAUUGGGGUCUUCCAUCUAUGAGGAAUAUAUUUAAGAUCACAACAUGAAUUUUAAUUACAGCUACCAUGCAGCAAUGAAGCUCUUGCACUAAUGUUUUGAAUGCUUAAUAAGAUUUAGUGUGGAUCAACUUUCUGUUUGUUCGGUUUGACACAACAACACUGCUUCUGCCAAGCUAUUUUAUUAUAAGUAUAUACAGUUACACUUAUAAAAAUCAACAAUAUGUACAAGAGACUAUGGACAAAUUCAUGUAACUCUUCAUUCUAAGUUGUAAACAAGUGAAUUGUAAACAAAACAAUAGCACUAAACACCUUACACAUACAGAAAGCCAUACCCAAGGCACAUCCUCGAUAUUCUCAAUAAAACAUUUAAGUUCUUGUCCCAUUUUUGUGGCCACAGAGAGAAAUCACCUGAAAACUGUGAACUCUAAAAAGUACAAUAAAACCAGAGGUAUUCAGCAGGUGUAUUCUAGAGCACAGGUGGGCAAAUGUAUUCACUUCUUUAUAAGCACUAACAUUGAUAAACAAACCACAAAACGUGUGUGCUUCGGUCAGUGGAAACCUAUUGGGGACUAUUUCAAGAUACAAAUGUUCAAAGGGGAUUUUUCAUCUUUAAUGUGCUGUUCUAGGAGGUAGUCCACAUUGUCAGGUAAAAUCUGUAAGAUUUUGUAAUUUGUACAACAGUAGAGUGGUGAUGCCACUGCUACCUACUUUGCGGUGCAGCACAUGAAGCACCAAGAAAGUCAUAUUAAUGUAAAAAAAAAACAAAAAGUAGGUUCCCACACAGGCAUUACAUUUAUAAACUCAUGUGAGUCAACAGUUUCAAAAGUAAAACUCCAGAAGAGACUGAAGUUUUCUCUUGAAUUUUGCCAUAGUUUCCACAUGACUUUCCUAACAACCAUUAACUUUGGGAAUGGACAUUUUGCUGUGGUAGUACCGACUGAAAAGCGUCCUCUUCCCUCUCCAGAGUAUGUUCAGCAGAAAGGGCAGAAGAAGCCACAGGUCAGAGGCAGGGGAAGUGAAGGGGGGCUGAGGAGUAAAUGGGAUAUCCAAGAGGGGGAUCUGCUGCCUGAACAGUUAGGUUUCUGAGCAUGAAGGGGUGAGCCUGGAUGCUGUAACGCUCCUCGUCGUCAUUAGUGGCGUACAGAAGCUCCCAGGAAAGGUUUGCCCACUGGCCUCGGACCCCCUCUCCAUUCAGACGACCCACAUGCACCAGCUGCUCCUGCAGGGACAGGACUCGCCCAGUGUACGUACCCUGUGGACAAGGACAGUCAAUCACACAAGUGUAAUACAUGCAUUUCACUGAGAUUGGCUCAAAAUUGCUAUUGGAAAUAAACUCAAUG